UUUCAAGCAUGUUAGUUGUUCUCUCUCAGGCAGGAUGGGUAAGAACAGAGAACCUGUAUUUUACUGAAAGUUUAGCUAAUAACUCGUUUAAUGGGACGAGGUGCUGUGCAAUCUUUUUCAAAACGGUACGAGUUCAUAUAAGUAUGUUGAAAUAUCCUUGUGUAAGAGUUCAGUUUGGUUGAUGAACAGUUGACAGACGUGUAGGGGAACCUGCGCAUUCCUCCGGCAGUUAUUUGGGAGUUGAAUUUCUGGGACAGGAUUUGAUCGUUUUCAUACAGUGGAUGCAUUCAGUCUGGAAACCUGUCAAGACUUUGGAGGACACGCAAGAAAUAGAGAUGGACGAGAGGAUGUCCUGAAAUGGCCCACACGAAUGGCUUCGAGAAGGAAUUAAUAUCCACACCUUACUGCAACAUUGUCAAAACAACGCAAUCGCGCACGCAGAUACAAAUGAAUGAAAUUAGAUUGGCCUAAAGACGCUGAGUCAAAGCUGGCAUGCUGCCACAGAUUCCAGCCUCUUUCCCCCAUUAAAGUUCAGUGCUAGCACAGAGGCUGUCUGCCUCAUCACCCUCUGCCUGCUUAUUAUAUAUCAGAAUCCAUUUAAUGAGGCAUCAGAAGAAAGGGGGAACCAUGUACUUACUAGUUUUUGCGCUACAGACCCUAUGGGUGAGCUGGUGUCAUGCCAUGCAGCAUUACCCGGCCUCAUGGGGGCACUAUGACGUUUGUAAAUCCCAGGUGUACACAGAAGACCGCCUGGACUGGCACUAUAUGGCCUGCCAACCUGAAGCAACCGACAUGACCAAAUACCUGCGAGUGUCUUUGGACCCACCCAACAUUACGUGUGGAGACCCACCGGAGAUGUACUGUGCUCUGGAAAACCCAUAUAUGUGUAACAACGAAUGCGAUGCCGAUACUGAGGAGCUGGCUCACCCCCCUGAGCUCAUGUUUGACUCCGAGGGACGAAACCCCACAACGUUCUGGCAGUCGACCUCCUGGAAGAAAUACCCAAAGCCCCUUCAGGUCAACAUCACAAUGUCCUGGAACAAAACAAUAGAACUCACAGAUGACAUCGUCCUCACCUUCGAGUCCGGUCGACCCGAGCAAAUGGUCUUGGAGAAGUCGCUGGAUUACGGCCGUACGUGGCAACCCUACCAGUUUUACGCUGCUGAUUGUUUGGAUGCUUUUACGAUGGAGCCAAAGGCAGUGCACCAACUCACCCCGAGCUCCAUGCUGGAAAUCAUCUGUACCGAGGCCUAUUCUACAGGCUAUGUGUGGAAGUACGACAAGACUGUACGCUUUGAGAUCAAAGAUCGCUUCGCCCUUCUCGCGGGCCCGAGGUUGCACAACAUGGCUUCUCUGUACGGGCAGCUGGACACCACCAAGAACCUUCGGGAUUUCUUCACCCUCACUGACCUUCGCAUCAGACUUCUCCGUCCUGCCACUGGAGCCACAAUGGUGGAUGAGAACAAUUUGUCUAGAUACUUCUACGCCAUCUCUGACAUCAAAGUGCAGGGCAGGUGCAAGUGCAAUCUCCAUGCCAACAGCUGUGUGUUUGACAAAGGGAAGUUGGGUUGCGAGUGUGAACACAACACCACGGGUCCGGAUUGCGCCAGGUGCAAGAGACACUACCAGGGCCGAGCCUGGAGCAUGGGCUCCUACCUGCCCAUCCCCAAGGGCACUGCCAAUAUAUGUAUCCAAAGCAAUCUAGGCACCUCAGUUCGACCAAAUGCGUCCUCGCUUGGAGCAGCAAACCGAAAUCAAGCUCGGGUGUGCGACAACAUGCUCCUGCGCUGUCAGAAUGGAGGCGUGUGCCACCACCACCAGUGGUGCCAGUGUCCAGCAGGUUUCACCGGCAUACUGUGUGAGAAAGCCCAAUGCCAGGGUGACUCCUGCGACAAGCUGCAGUCCAGCCAACCAUCUCUCCAAUCCCCACCAGCUGCGCAGACUCUCCCGCUGGUCAUUCCUUCUCUCCUCUCCACCCUGCUGGUCACCCGGGGCCUAACGUCUCUCUGAGAGAAACACUCAGACCCCAGAGACAUUCUCCACGGGGCACUGAUCCUGUUAGAGGACACACGCGUCAUGGCUGAAAAGAAAUGCUCUCAUGAUACAAAGGAAAUUCAAAAUGAACCUUCUUCUUAGGAAACCACAAAGUUUUCUAUUCGAUACUACACGUCAAUUAAAGUUUGCCGGGGGUGAUAGAAAAACCCACUAAAAACUACAAAAACUAAAAAGGAAACAUACAAAAAACUGAUAUUAAUGACUAUCAAUCUUUGUCCUACAAAUGUUAGAAAAACAUCAAAUCAAUACUCUGUAACACAACGUUGAAGCCAUUCGUCAGAUGAAACAUUAUCUCAAGUCUGGACAUUUCUGGACACAAAAGAUGAAACAAGAUGUACUCUUUUUCUGGCACCUAUUUAAACACACCCUACAAAACUGGCUCACACACCGACCCUCUCGCACUUUCCUGUAAUUCUGUGAAGUCAUGCAAAAGCUUCAUCGUCUGUUUUGACCAAUGGACCAUUGGUGGGAUUGAUGUGUCACACAUGUAUUGGUUCAUUUCUCGACAGCUGACCAGUCAGACCUUACUGAUCGAUGGUCAUCUGGUAUCAUUAAAUAUAACAGAAAAGAGACAGCUGUAGUGAAAUUAUGUAUUGGGAUAUUUUCAUUUCUGUAACCUGUACAAUGGGCGGUAUAAUAUGAGAAGUAUUGCCCUAAUGAAGUAUCACUGUUCAUUUGCUAAUCCUUUUGCUUAAAACAUACGUUUACAUUCUCACCAAUUAAACUGUACUGGAGGUUUCACCAAAGGGCUUUGGUGAAAAAUCCUUGUCGCUUGAAGCCCAUGUUUGUGAAUUAAAAGUGAAA